UCACCAACUCCUUCACUGUACAGAAACUAUUGGAGGGUAAUGAAUACUAUUUCCGUGUUUCUGCUGAAAAUGAAGUUGGUGUUAGUGAACCAGCUGUUAUCUUGGAAGGCAUUGUUGCCAAGAGUCCUUAUGAUGUACCAAGUGAGCCACGAAAAUUCCAACCAACCGAAGUUACAAAAUCAUCAGUGACAUUAACCUGGGUACCACCAGAGAACGACGGAGGAAGCCCAGUAACUGGAUAUUUGAUUGAGAAGAAGACUAAAACCAGUCCACGAUGGACGAAAUGUAACAAGAGCCCUGUUCGUGAUACUAUUUAUACAGUCACUGAUCUGAUCGAGAAUGACGACUAUGAAUUCAGGAUCAUGGCAGAGAAUGCCGCUGGUGCUGGUAAAGCCACUCAAGCUAUUGGACCCAUUAAAGCUAAAGAUCCAUUCGCUGCUCCAUCAGCACCAAUAGGUCCUCUGGAAGUAACAGAUAUACAGAGAGACAAUGCUACCAUUGCCUGGAAAGCUCCUGAAGAUGAUGGUGGUUCUCCCAUUACUGGUUAUAUCAUUGAGAAGAGAGACACCAAGAGAAAUAACUGGUCUAAAGUUGGUAAAGCACCAGCAGGAUCUACAGAAUACAAUGUACCUGGUUUGAUCGAGGGUACUUCUUACUAUUUCCGAGUUAUUGCAGAGAACAAGGCUGGACAAAGUGAUCCAUUAGAAACUGAGAAACCAGUCACAGCCAAGAGUCCAUUUGACAAACCAGGAAAACCUGUUGGACCAAUUAUCAUUGAUAAUGUUACCAAUGACUCCGCAGAUUUAGAAUGGAAAGCACCAGAAACAGAUGGAGGAUCUCCUCUUACUGCUUACAUCAUUGAGGUCAGACCAACUAGUAGAUCCACCUGGACCAAGUCAGGACGUGUCGAUGGACAAACUACGAAGUUUACCGCCUUGGAUUUGAAAGAAGGCAAUGAAUAUCUGUUUAGAAUCACUGCAAUGAAUGCUGAGGGCCAAAGUGAACCUCUUGAAUCUAAAGACACAGUCAAAAUUACCAAGAAAAUCUUGCCUCCUGGUCAGGUGAGAAAUUUGAAGCCUGUUAAAGUCGGUCAAAAUUACGUUUUUCUGGAAUGGAAAGCUCCAGUUGAAGAUGGCGGUUCCAAGAUCACUAGCUAUAAAAUUGAAAAGAGCGAUGCCAAAACAGAUCAGUGGGUCAAAAUUGCUGAAAUCAAGGCUUAUGAUAACCAAUAUAAGAUCUCAGAUCUGACAGAGAAUUUGGAAUAUUAUUUUGCUGUUUCUGCUGGCAAUGAAGCUGGAUUUGGUAUUCCCGAAGAAACAGAUUCAGCCAUUACUCCAAAACGACCUGAAGGACCCCCUCAAAAACCAGUUGGACCUCUGACAAUUAGUGACGUGGAUCGAACCUCUGCCACCCUGUCCUGGAAACCUCCCACAGAUGAUGGUGGAUCACCAAUAACAGGAUAUGUAGUCGAGAGAAAGGAGGUCAGACGGCCAUCUUGGACUACCAUGGAUCAUGUGGAUGCUGAAACCACAGAAUACAAGGCUAUGAACCUGAUUGAGAGUACUGAGUAUUAUUUCCGAGUUAUUGCCCAGAAUAAACAUGGUGCUAGUGAACCACUAGAGACUGAAACCACCAUUAAACCUACCAGUGGCUUUGACGUACCUUCCAGACCUACAGGACCAUUGGUUGUUGACAACGUAACUGAGAACUCAGCUGAUUUGACAUGGAAAGCUCCAGAAUCUGAUGGUGGACUUCCACUGAAAUCCUACAUUAUUGAGAUGAGACCCUCCACUAAAUCUGUUUGGGACCAAGUUGGUAGUGUGGAUGGACAAACUACAGAAUUCACUGUUCCUGACCUGAAACCAGGUAGCGAGUAUCAUUUCAGAGUUAUUGCUGUUAAUGAUGAAGGUCAAAGUCCUGCUCUGGAAGCCAAACAAACAGCUGAACCUAAGAAAAAGAUAGUUGCCCCUGAAGCUCCCAAACAACUGAAGAUUUCCAAAGUUGGUGAUGAUUUUGUUCUUUUGGACUGGAAACCACCAGCAGACAAUGGAGGUUCAAAGGUCACUGGAUACAAAAUUGAGAAAUGUGAUGAAAAAUCUGACAAAUGGGUCACAGUUGAAGAGGUCAAGGCUUAUGAUACAUCCUACAAGGUCACUGGUCUUAAAGAAGGCAAGGGAUAUCUUUUUGCUGUUUCUGCUAAAAAUGAAAUUGGUUAUGGUGAACCAGUUGAAACUGACAAAGCUGUUAAACCAAAGAGAAAAGAAUGCCCACCUAGUAAACCAACUGGUCCAAUAAAAACUAUAGAUAUUGAUAGAACAGAAGUCACUCUAGAAUGGAAAGAACCUAAAGAUGAUGGUGGUUCACCUUUGACUGGCUAUAUCAUUGAAAAACGUGAAGCCAAGAAGAGUUUGUGGACCAAGGUAGAGAAGAUUGGCCCUGAUGCUACUAUCUAUAAGGUGACUGGUCUGGCUGAAGGUACAGAUUAUCAAUUCAAGAUCUCAGCUGAAAAUAAAGUUGGUGUUAGUGAACCUCUGGAAACUGAAACUGCUGUAAAAGCCAAGGGUAAAUUUGACGUACCUUCCAAACCAGGUGGUCCAUUAACCAUUGAUAAUGUCACUGACCAAACAGCUGAUUUGACAUGGAAAGCUCCAGAAUCUGAUGGUGGACUUCCACUGAAAUCCUACAUUAUUGAGAUGAGACCCUCCACUAAAUCUGUAUGGUCUCCAGUUGGUAGUGUAGAUGCUGAUAAAACAGAAUUCACUGUAGGUGAUUUAAAACCAGGAAAUGAAUAUUUAUUCCGAGUUAUUGCUGUUAAUGAUGAAGGAAAGAGUGAACCACUUGAAACCAAACAAACAGCUGAACCUAAGAAAAAGAUUGUGGCUCCAGAUGCUCCUAAAAGCCUCAAAGUUUCCAAAGUUGGUGAUGACUUUGUCUUGCUGGACUGGAAAGUUCCAGAAAACAAUGGAGGUUCAAAGGUCACUGGAUAUAAAAUUGAGAAAUGUGAAGAGAAAUCCGAUAAAUGGGUCACAGUUGAAGAGGUUAAAGGUUAUGAUACAUCCUACAAGGUCACUGGUCUAAAAGAAGGAACUGGAUAUCUUUUCGCUGUUUCUGCUAAAAAUGAAAUUGGUUAUGGUGAACCAGUUGAAACUGACAAAGCUGUUAAACCAAAGAGGAAAGAAACUGCACCCAGUAAACCAACUGGUCCAAUAAAAACUAUAGAUAUUGAUAGAACAGAAGUCACUCUAGAAUGGAAAGAACCUAAAGAUGAUGGUGGUUCACCUUUAACUGGCUAUAUCAUUGAAAAACGUGAAGCCAAGAAAGGUAUCUGGUCUAAAGUUGAAAAAAUCAGCCCUGAAAAAACAGUUUAUAAGAUUUCCAAUCUAAUUGAAGACACUGAGUAUCAUUUCAAGAUCUCGGCUGAAAAUAAAAUUGGAACCAGUGAACCAUUGGAAACUGACAAACCAAUCAAAGCCAAGAGUAAAUUUGAUAAACCAUCCAAACCAGGUGGUCCAUUAACCAUUGACAAUGUCACUGACCAAACAGCUGAUUUGACAUGGAAAGCUCCAGAAUCUGAUGGUGGACUUCCACUGAAAUCCUACAUUAUUGAGAUGAGACCCUCUACUAAAUCUGUAUGGUCUCCAGUUGGUAGUGUAGAUGCUGAUAAAACAGAAUUCACUGUAGGUGAUUUAAAACCAGGAAAUGAAUAUUUAUUCCGAGUUAUUGCUGUUAAUGAUGAAGGAAAGAGUGAACCACUUGAAACCAAACAAACAGCUGAACCUAAGAAAAAGAUUGUGGCUCCAGAUGCUCCUAAAAGCCUCAAAGUUUCCAAAGUUGGUGAUGACUUUGUCUUGCUGGACUGGAAAGUUCCAGAAAACAAUGGAGGUUCAAAGGUCACUGGAUAUAAAAUUGAGAAAUGUGAAGAGAAAUCCGAUAAAUGGGUCACAGUUGAAGAGGUUAAAGGUUAUGAUACAUCCUACAAGGUCACUGAUCUAAAAGAAGGAACUGGAUAUCUUUUCGCUGUUUCUGCUAAAAAUGAAAUUGGUUAUGGUGAACCAGUUGAAACUGACAAAGCUGUUAAACCAAAGAGGAAAGAAGCUGCACCCAGUAAACCAACUGGUCCAAUAAAAACUAUAGAUAUUGAUAGAACAGAAGUCACUCUAGAAUGGAAAGAACCUAAAGAUGAUGGUGGUUCACCUUUAACUGGCUAUAUCAUUGAAAAACGUGAAGCCAAGAAAGGUAUCUGGACUAAAGUUGAAAAAAUCAGCCCUGAAAAAACAGUUUAUAAGAUUUCCAAUCUAAUUGAAGACACUGAGUAUCAUUUCAAGAUCUUGGCUGAAAAUAAAAUUGGAACCAGUGAACCAUUGGAAACUGACAAACCAAUCAAAGCCAAGAGUAAAUUUGAUAAACCAUCCAAACCAGGUGGUCCAUUAACCAUUGACAAUGUCACUGACCAAACAGCUGAUUUGACAUGGAAAGCUCCAGAAUCUGAUGGUGGACUUCCACUGAAAUCCUACAUUAUUGAGAUGAGACCCUCCACUAAAUCUGUAUGGUCUCCAGUUGGUAGUGUAGAUGCUGAUAAAACAGAAUUCACUGUAGGUGAUUUAAAACCAGGAAAUGAAUAUUUAUUCCGAGUUAUUGCUGUUAAUGACGAAGGAAAGAGUGAACCACUUGAAACCAAACAAACAGCUGAACCUAAGAAGAAGAUCAACCCACCUGAAGCCCCAAAACAACUGAAGGUUGCCAAAGUCGGUCAGGAUUUCGUCCUACUGGACUGGAAAGCACCAACAGAAGACGGUGGCUCCAAGGUCACUGGAUACAAAAUUGAGAAAUGUGAUGAAAAAUCUGACAAAUGGGUCAAAGUUGAUGAAGUCAAAGGUUAUGACACACAGUUCAAG